CUUUAUUUGAGUGUACAUGGACGGAAAGCGUGACACGGAAGACCUGAAUAUAAUGCAGUUGAUUUGAUCCCUCAUGUCACGUGGAGAGGACAGUUUGGUUCAGUGAGUGUUGUUGGUUGAAUCUGUCUGCCCUGUACACUACUAGAAAUACUGGCAAUGUCUCUGCUGGAGGACAUUGCUGAUCUAUUGCGAUAUGUCCUGGAAUACUUUGGAGUGCCAGCUGACAUGCUGGUUCCAGUAUGGGACAGUACCCUGUGUGGGCAAUACCGGAGCAUAAUCCGAAUGAUUGGGACAAACCUACUUCUCUCUCAGUACCCUAGACUGCAGUUUCAGAUUCCUCUGCAAACACUUAGUAGACAUGGCCAUAUUGACAUCUCAGUGGACACUCCAGUUAUUCCUACAUUAGCUGAUGUGUUGUGGCUGGUGGAAGAUGAAGGAGACAGUCACACUAAAUUCAGGAAUGUCAUCCCGCUGAGGAAACACUGUGUACCGCAAGGUGUUGAGAUUCCCUCAGUGGGGUCUGAACGCCCAAUUUCUGUGUCCGUGCGUGCACAGAGAGGAGGCAGGCUGCUGGGGCAGGGCACCCAACCAGAGGCCCUGCAGAAGAUCUCAGCUCUGGAAGAGGAACUCCAAAGACUACGAGCACAGAUUGCAUUGAUAGUCACAACUCCAGCAGGUGAUCCCGCCACUCCAUGUUCUACUUCUCCUCUAACUCCUGACUUCACUUCUACUCCCAUCUGUGUCCCACCCCCUCCACCACCACCUCCUCCUGCCUUUGACAGUUCCACGGAGGUGUCAGUGUCAGAGGUGAUUCGUCAGAGACAGGCAGCGAAAAGAGAAAAGACUGCGCAAUGUGAGCCAUCUGCGGGUACAGCACCUGCUGUUCUGCCCUCCAUGUUAGAGGUUCUGAGAGACCUGAAUCAGGUCAAACUGCGUUCUGUGGAGAGGUCUCCAGGUGGAACUCCAGUAAAGAGACGGAAAAGUAAAGGCAUGGCAUGUUCUUCAGACCCAGCAGCUCUCAUCGCUGAAGCACUGAAACGAAAGUUUGCACACAGACUGAGAGAAGUUUCGUUUGGUAAAGAGAACUGCUCGGCUGAACCCUCUCCGUUCAGCAGCCCAGACACACCCAAAAUCUUCAAUCACACCAGAUGCAGCCAGGGACGCAUUUAUCUUUGACCUUUGACUUUAAUGUCUACCAGGAACAAAGUUGUGUCAUGGACUGAUAACAUAUUUCUUUUUCUAUGUUGAUUGCACUGUUUGUCUUUCCUUCUCCCUUUUUUCUCUAAAUGUAUAACAUGGGCUUCCAUCAGAGGACAGUGUGCGUGUUUUGGAGCGAUUUUUGUAUAUGCUGAUUUUUAUUUUUUUAUUUGUAAAUAUUCUACACAAAGGACUUGUUAAUUGUGAAUGUAAAUGGCUAAAUAGCAAUGCAAUUAUGAGCAAUUCAGUUACUUUCAAAAUAGGAUAUACAGAUGGCUGAACUAUGCAAUUCUUUUAAUUUGUUUCCUUUUUAUAAACUGAUGUCUUUAAAUUAAUGAUUAGACCUAGUUGUACUAACAAGGGUUCUCUAAUCAUCUUCAGCAUUUAAGUAAAAAAAAAUGGUACCUGUUCUGCUCUUAAUUUAUGAAUACAUUUUUCUGCUGUACUUUCAUCCUCCCCUACAAAGUGCUAAUGCAGUUUAGCUUUCAAAGGCAAUA